UCUCCCCUCUCCCCGGGCACGCACUCCUGAGAGCGAGCCACCACCCCCUCCCCGAAGCACCACCAUGUCCAACGUCCCCCACGGCGGUAUCCUUAUGGAUCUGAUUGCUCGCGAUGCUUGCAAGUAUGACGUCCUCCGCGCCGAGGCCGGCACCCUCCCCUCCAUCAUCCUGAACGAUCGCCAGCUGUGCGACCUUGAGCUGCUCCUCAUCGGUGGCUUCUCCCCCCUGGACGGCUUCAUGAACGAGGAUGACUACAACAACGUCGUCACCUCCAUGCGCCUGGCCGAUGGCACCCUCUGGUCCAUGCCCAUCACCCUGGACGUCGAUGAGGAGAUCAUCUCCACCAACAAGCUGGCCGUCGGCUCUCGCGUUGUCCUGCGCGAUCCCCGCGACGACGAGCCCCUCGCCAUCCUGACCAUCGGCUCCGUCUACGUGCCCGACCGCGAGAAGGAGGCCCAGCUGGUCUUCGGCACCACCGACACCCUGCACCCCGGCACCAAGUACACCCUGGACCUCUCCAAGGCCACCUAUGUCGGUGGUAGCCUCGAGGCCAUCCAGCUGCCCACCCACCACGACUUCGCGGCCCUGCGCAACACCCCGGCCGAGACUCGUGCCCUGUUCAAGAAGCUGCGCUGGUCGCGCGUGGUCGCCUUCCAGACCCGCAACCCGAUGCACCGCGCCCAUCGCGAGCUGACCGUCCGCGCGGCCCGCAAGAUCGCCGGUAACAUCCUCAUCCACCCGGUCGUCGGUGUCACCAAGCCCGGCGACAUUGACCACUUCACUCGCGUCCGUGUCUACCAGGCCAUCAUCCAGCGCUACCCCCCGGGCAUGGCUACCCUGAGCCUUCUGCCGCUGGCCAUGCGUAUGGCCGGCCCGCGCGAGGCCGUCUGGCACGCCAUCAUCCGCAAGAACUACGGUCUGACCCACUUCAUUGUCGGUCGUGACCAUGCCGGCCCGGGCAACAUGUCCGACGGCAACCCCCCCUACGGCCCGUACGAUGCCCAGAUCAUGGUGGAGAAGUACAAGGCCGAGCUCAACAUCGAGAUUGUCCCCUUCCAGAUGGUCUCCUACCUUCCGGACACCGACGAGUAUGUCCCGGCCGAUGAGGUCAAGCCCAACAUGCGCACCCUGGACAUCUCCGGCACCGAGCUCCGUCGCCGCCUGCGCACCGGGGCCCCCAUCCCCGAGUGGUUCUCCUACCCGGAGGUGGUCCGCAUCCUGCGUGAGUCCAACCCCCCGCGCAAGAACCAGGGCUUCUGUGUCUUCUUCACUGGCUACUACCGCUCCGGCAAGUCGACCAUCGCCCGCGCCCUGGAGCUGGCCCUGCUGCAGGAGGGCGGCCGCCGGACCACCCAUCUCGAUGGCGAGGUCAUCCGCCAGGAGCUGUCCAGCGAGCUGGGCUUCAGCCGCGAGGAUCGCGAGACCCACCUCGGCCGCACCGCCUGGGUGGCCUCCGAGCUGGUGAAGGCCGGCUCGGCUGUCCUCUGCGCCAGCAUCUCCCCCUUCGCCCAGUCGCGCGCCGCUGCCCAGGAGGUCAUCUCCCGCGCCGGUGGCUUCUACCUCAUCCAUGUGGCCACCCCCCUGGAGGUGUGCCGCAGCCGUGAUCGCCAUGGUGUCUAUGCUCGUGCUGAUGCCGGCGAGAUUACCGGCUUCACCGGUGUCGACAGCCCCUAUGAUGUCCCGGUCGCCCCCAACGCCACUGUCAGCCUUGGUGAGCAGUCCAUCUCCGAGAUCGUUCAUGAGAUCAUGCUCCUGCUCGAGCGCGACGGCUACAUCGGUGGUGCCCUGUAAAGGGCGGAUAUAUCCUCUCGUGUGCGCGCCCCGCGCAUGUGUGUGUGUGUGUGUGUGUG